AUAAAUGGUCCCACCCCUGGGCAAGGUGGCUCAUUCUGGCAGGCAGCAACGGGGGAGUGUGCACCUGCCGCCAGUCAAGCUCAACCAGACUGGGAGGCAAGGCGGAGCGAGCAGAGGGAGUGAGUGAACUAUGGACAAGUUGAAAUGCCCGAGCUUCUUCAAGUGCAGAGGGAAAGAGAAAGUGACAGCUUCAUCUGAGAAUUUCCAUGUUGGUGAAAAUGAUGAGAAUCAGGACCGUGGUAACUGGUCCAAAAAAUCGGAUUAUCUUCUAUCUAUGGUUGGAUAUGCAGUGGGAUUGGGGAAUGUGUGGAGAUUCCCAUAUUUGACCUACAACAAUGGCGGAGGUGCCUUCUUGAUACCUUAUGCGAUUAUGCUAGCACUGGCUGGUUUACCUUUGUUCUUCCUAGAGUGUUCCCUGGGACAAUUUGCUAGCUUAGGUCCAGUUUCAGUUUGGAGGAUUCUUCCAUUGUUUCAAGGUGUGGGAAUUACAAUGGUCCUGAUAUCCAUUUUUGUGACCAUAUAUUACAACGUCAUAAUUGCCUAUAGUCUUUACUACAUGUUUGCUUCUUUUCAAAGUGAACUACCGUGGAAAAAUUGUUCUUAUUGGGCAGAUAAAAACUGUAGCAGAUCACCUAUAGUAACUCACUGUAAUGUGGGUACCAGAAUAGAGGCGAUCAUCCAAGUGAAUAAAAGCUGGGUAGAUGCCAACCAUUUAACCUGCAUCAAUGGAAGUGAAGUUUAUCAGCCAGGGCAGCUUCCCAGUGAACAAUAUUGGAACAAAGUGGCACUCCAACGCUCAAGUGGAAUGGAUGAGACUGGAGAAAUUGUGUGGUAUUUGGCUCUUUGUCUUCUUCUGGCUUGGCUCAUAGUUGGUGCAGCACUAUUUAAAGGAAUCAAGUCUUCUGGCAAGGUGGUAUAUUUUACAGCUAUUUUUCCCUAUGUUGUCUUACUCAUCCUGUUAAUACGAGGUGCAACUCUGGAGGGCGCAUCAAAAGGCAUUUCAUACUAUAUUGGAGCAGAGUCAAAUUUUACAAAACUUCAGGAAGCUGAGGUUUGGAAAGAUGCUGCCACUCAGAUAUUUUACUCCCUUUCAGUGGCUUGGGGUGGCUUAGUUGCUCUAUCAUCUUACAAUAAGUUCAAUAACAACUGCUUCUCAGAUGCCAUUGUGGUUUGUUUGACAAACUGCCUCACUAGUGUGUUUGCUGGAUUUGCUAUUUUUUCUAUAUUGGGACACAUGGCUCACAUAUCUGGAAAAGAAGUCUCUCAAGUUGUAAAAUCAGGUUUUGAUUUGGCAUUCAUUGCUUAUCCAGAAGCUCUAGCCCAACUUCCAGGUGGGCCAUUUUGGUCCAUAUUGUUUUUCUUCAUGCUUUUGACUUUGGGUCUCGACUCUCAGUUUGCUUCCAUUGAAACGAUUACAACAACGAUUCAAGAUUUAUUUCCUAAAGUGAUGAAGAAAAUGAGGGUUCCCAUAACUUUGGGUUGCUGCUUGGUUUUGUUUCUCCUUGGUCUCGUCUGUGUAACUCAGGCUGGAAUUUACUGGGUUCAUCUGAUUGACCACUUCUGUGCUGGAUGGGGCAUUUUGAUUGCAGCUAUCCUGGAAGUAAUAGGAAUCAUCUGGAUUUAUGGAGGGAACAGAUUCAUUGAAGAUAUAGAAAUGAUGAUUGGAGCAAAAAGGUGGAUAUUCUGGCUAUGGUGGAGAGCUUGCUGGUUUGCCAUUACACCUAUCCUUUUGAUCGCAAUUUUGAUCUGGUCACUGGUGAAAUUCCAGAGACCUGUUUAUGCUGAAAUUCCAUACCCAAACUGGGGAGUUGUGCUAGGCUGGUGUAUGAUUAUUUUCUGCAUUAUUUGGAUUCCAAUUAUGGCUAUCAUAAAAAUAAUUCAAGCUAAAGGAAACAUCUUUCAACGCAUUGUAAGCUGCUGCAGACCAGCUUCUAACUGGGGUCCAUACUUGGAACGACAUCGUGGGGAGAGAUAUAAAGACAUGGUAGACCCUAUCAAGGAGACUGACCAUGAAAUGCCUACUGUUAGUGGCAGUGGAAAACCAGAAUGAGGUCUAAUUUUUAAAAAUAUGUGUUUGUGGAAUAUGAUUAAUUUAGAAUAGGGGAAAAUUUUUAUUUAUUUGUAUGUUAAUUGAGUAGGAAAAUGUAUAUAUCGUGUUCAUAAUAGUAUAAGAAGCUUUAUUCCCCAUUUAAGCAGGAAUGGAAAAUCAAAAUGUGAAUCUACUAAUGUUUAGCAAUGUGCUUAUUAAAUUUAUUUUUAGAUUAUCUGUCUGUGUAGCACACACACAACUGUCUCUAUUUCACAAUAACAUUUUUGAACAUAUUACCAUAAUAUUUUUCUAAUAUAUUGAAGGCAUUAUUUUGAGCUGGUUAUUUAGAAAAUAGAUAUAUUUUCUAUUAUACAAGUUUUUAAAUAUUACUUGCUUAUGUUUUCUUGGUACACAGUCUUUCUUUUCCAUAAAGCUGGGGAAACUAAAUCACAUAUUUAAAAGGAACUGUUAAAAUUGAAAGUUAAUUAGAAAUGUCAUAAAUAUAUGGGGAAAAUGGACUAUGUAUAUAAUAUGAAGACUGUUCUUUGGUACUUUUGAUCCAAUAUGUCUAAGAACUUCAUGUAGUAUGGCUCACCUUUUCUAUGUGAACUUAGUAGUUAUGUUCUUUAUUUACAAAUAGUUAAAUAAGACAGAAAAAUUAGGAUCCUAUGACCAGUAAGUGGUAAAUAUAGAAAAUGGAAUCCAGAAUCUUUGAGUACUUCUUCCCCCAUAUGAUGUAUUCCUUAGGUUAUAUUUAGAAGAAAAAUAUGACCCAUCUAAUUUCGACUGUGUUUCACAGAAUUAAGAGUAGUUCAUUAUACUCUCUGAAAUCUAGGUUUAAUUUUAAAUAGAACAUAGAACAAAAUACUAAGAGGAAAUGGCAUCAAUCAAAUCUAAGAUCUUAUGUUGUAAUAUAUAGUUAGUAGAUCAAGUAGAAUGAUUUUGUCUUAUUGAAUAAGUUACUACUACAACUGAUAUCUUAUUUACAUACUUAUAGGAGAUAAACUUGUCAAGAAUGAGAGAAGCUGAAUUAAAAAGUCCUAUGUCCCAGUUUCCUUACAAGAGAUAAUGAAAUUUUAUUAUAUCACUAAUUGUUUUAUACAUUGAUUACAUAGGAACAAUUGGUUUAAGCAUCACAGCCUAAGAAGAUGAACACUGCCACAACAUGUAGGAAACUUUUCAACUAUUCUUAAGGUUCUUACCUGGGCUUCAGAUAAUGUAUGGAACUGCAAUUAUAUGUAAUAUUUUCCCAUGUGCAUGCAUUUUUCCAGAGGGAUAGUCAUAGUUUUGAUCAGACUAUCAAAGGGAUCCGUGACUCUAUACAGUUUAAAAAUCACAUACACCACUGCUGGCUUUUGUUCUUGGCAACUAAGCAAUAAAAGGAAUAAUUUUAAGCCUUAAUUUCUUAUACAUUUUAAUUUCAUUUUCCUUUUCCUUUUGAUUGAAAGAAUAAAGGAGAAAGUGAUUAAGGUAUUUCUUUUACUUAUACUGGUAAUUUGUUUUGGGGGGAAGAGGCAUGGAGAUAGAUAAAUAUGUAGGCCUAUAAUUGAACAAUCUCAGUGAGUUAUGUAUAUAUGUAUAUUAAUAAAAGGUGAACUCAUGUUAGGUAUUUUGAGGUUUUUCUUUGAGGGUAGGUCACAUGCUGUUAGAGAACUUGGACAGAGAGUUAAUUCCUCAGUUACCCUGGAUUUUAUAAAACGUUAUAUGAAAUAGAUGGGUGACUAGAGCUUAGAAAUACUCCUUUCUGAAUUUUAAUGCAUGUUACAUCACAUGCCAUUAUAAUAUGGUGCUAUUUGAGGUGUGGAUUUUUCACCAAAUGGAAAAAUGCAUUCAGUUUUCUAUAGGUGACUCUUGCAAUUCAGGAAAGACUGAGGUACAUUUCUAAUGAAACACUAUCUAAUUGGACGUGGGGGUGAUGGGAAAGAAAUCCCUUUCAAGAGCUGACUACACAGAGUAGGGAAGAGUGUGUGUGUGACUGUUUUCACAAGUGUGUAAAGCACAGAUCUUAACAAAGUGCCUGGUGUAUUUUUAGAGCGCUCAAUAAUAGCCCUUAUUAAUUAUUAUACAGAUUUCACAAUGGGAAGAAAGAACAUUCUGCAUAAUGGAAAGUGUCCCAUCAAAUCCUGUUUACUUUAAUGCAAACUUGGAGACAUAUACAGUAGUAUAUUGUAAACCAUUGGAGAAAAAUGUUUUUCACACUUGAGUGAAAUUAAAAUCACUGUGUCAACUAUAUUCUUUUUACUCUAGCUUAUUAAAAAAACUUUUUGAACAACUUUUCUGUCUCUAUUGUGCUUUCAUUCCUUCCCUCGUAAAAUAUAUACAGUGGUACCUCGGUUUUUAAAUGUAAUCCAUUCCGGAAGACCAUUUGAGUUCUGAAAC